AUGUCACAUAUUGACAGUGAGUGAAGUAAAACUGUCCAAUUUUUUUGUAAAUAAAACUUUCGUUAAAAUAAUCAGAAUCAUGUUAUUUCGACAAAUUUUUCGCAAUAAAUUAUACACAAGUCCAAUGGUAUUAAGUAAGAGGAAUUACGAAAUUCCCCCUGAGCUGGUGGAAGUGGGCAAGGCCAAAGACCCAAGCUUCUAUAGAAUGGUGGAGUACUUCUACCACUACGCCGUCAAGGUUGUCGAACCGUCUCUAAAUGAAUACCUCAAGAAACACCCACAACUUUCUGAGAAGAAACGAAAGCAGCGAGUGGCCGGUAUUUUAAAGGUGAUGGGUUCGUGCAAUAGCUCGCUUCAGUUCGAGUUCCCGCUGCAACGCAAAAAUGGAGACUACGAGAUCGUGAAGGGUUACCGUUCCCAGCACAGCGUGCACCGCUUGCCAUGCAAAGGAGGGAUCCGAUUUUCGGAUGGAGUUAACUUAGAAGAGGUGAAAGCUCUGGCAGCGCUAAUGACCUACAAAUGCGCGUGCUCUAGUAUACCAUUCGGAGGGGCGAAAGGAGGAGUGAGUAUCAACCCGAAAUGUUAUACGAUAGCAGAGUUGCAGAGGAUUACCCGUCGAUACACAUUGGAGUUGGCCAAGAAGAACUAUAUAGGCGCAGGCGUGGAUGUUCCCGCUCCUGAUGUAAAUACCUCCGGCAGAGAGAUGUCCUGGAUCGUUGAUACUUAUGUCAAAACGUUGGGCUAUCGCGACAUAAACGCGGCUGCCUGCGUGACGGGCAAGCCGAUCAACGGCGGUGGCAUACACGGGCGUGUCGAGGCGACGGGCCGCGGCGUGUUCAUGACCAUCAGCCAAUUCAUUCACGACGAGGCGUGGAUGCAGCUCAUUGGUAUUCCGGCUGGCUUCAAGGAUAAAACUGCGAUCAUACAAGGUUUCGGAAAUGUGGGCAGCUACGCAGCGGUAUACCUCCACGAGCAAGGAGUCAAGAUCAUAGGGGUUGUAGAAGUCGACUGCAAUCUGACGAAGGCUGAGGGUAUCGAUCCUGUGGAGCUGAUAAAAUUUAAGAAAAGCAACCGGGGCAGCGCGAAAGGCUUCCCUGGCGCGCAAGAAGCGGACUCCGAGCUACUGUACCAAAAAUGCGACAUUCUAGUUCUGGCCGCGCUAGAAAAGACCAUCACCCAGGAUAACGCUGCCAAGCUCCAAUGCCGGAUGAUCGGCGAGGGUGCGAACGGACCGACGACGCCAGCGGCCGAUGCGAUACUCCGCGAAAAGAAGGUCCUCGUGCUGCCCGACCUCUUAGCCAACGCAGGGGGCGUCACAGUCUCCUACUUCGAGUUCCUCAAGAACAUUAACCACGUGAGCUACGGGAAGCUCAGCAUUAAAUUCUGGAAGGAUUCCAAUACGGCGCUUUUAGAUUCUGUUGAGCAAUCACUUAAGAAAGCGAACAUCAGCGCGACGAUUGAGCCAACGCCGAUGUUCCAGGCCAUGAUAUGCGGCGCGAACGAGGAGCUGCUCGUCAACUCGGGGUUGGAGUACUCGAUGACGAAGGCCUGCAAUAAUGUUAUGCGCGCUGCGAAGCAAUACGACCUCGGUUUGGACGUGCGCACGGCGGCAUAUGUCACAGCCAUCGAGAGGAUCUUUCUAACAUACGACGAACAAGGCCUCACGAUUUAACUCGGACCAUUAACGGUCAUUCAUUACUCAUUACACAUUGCCAUUGGAAUACCUAUGGGCAUUACAAAACAGCUGUAGAUUAUACACGAUAUACAGUACAAGAAUAUACUUUGGGGCGGUGUUCACAUCUGAAAUAUAUGGCGCUGUUUGGCUGCCGUAUAUUUCGCGGUAACAAAAGUACUAGUUUGUCCACUCCACGAUACAAUCUUCAACGGUGUUGGUAUAUGUGCUAUAGUUUUUUUGUCUAUGCUACACUUGCUACCGUGUUCCGCACAAAGUUUAACACUACCACGUUAUUACACGACCCAGUUUCAUGGUGUUGGCACCUAAAAUAUUAUGCAGUGACGGUUAUAACCUUGAUAAUUUCAUUCAUGCUGUUGCUUGUUACUCUUCUACUGUAUUAGUUUUUUUUAUCCUUUGCUUAAUUUUUCUCUUAAGUUUUUUUUAUAAGUAAGUAAUGCGAUCAAGUAAAAAAUGUAUUGUACCUUAUUGACUAUGUGCGUAGUGCGUUGUGGGGAGCUAAAAUUGAAAACAGCCGUUAAAUAUAAUAUAUGCUGACUUUCAUAGAUUUUUGCUACCGGGCGGACUCCACAGUCAUGCACAUAGCCGAUAUGGUAAGUGUAUUAAUUAUAAUUACUUAUUAUUUUAGUUUGUUUAAUUGUAACUAGUUGUUUUUUGUAAUAUUAUCGUAACGCGCGUGUAAAUCUCUCAACUCCCACUUGUAAAGGCCGUAUAGACUCCCGUAGACAACCGCUUUGGUUGUAAAUCAAAGUUGAAGAAACCAUAAAAUCAUUGAUUUAUCGUUUAUUACGUUUCAUAAAAUAUGUUAACAAUUUCAUAAAAUAUACAUGGUAACAAUAUUGUAUUCUGAAAUCAAUUAAGUAUAAUGAUUAAGUAAUA